GACCCCACACCCACAGCCUCUUCCAACAGAUGAAGAAAUACAAGCAGGAUCUGUUUGCUCUGGGAAUUUUUAUUUGUUUCAGAGGGGUUGUUUGUUAUUUCAGAACACACCUGAUCACUUCUAAGCCCAGUGCCAAACACGGGAGGCUCUGGGAUGGCUCCUGCCUCCCUCAACACAUCUGCACACUGAUCCUGCAUCCCACACUCUGCAGGGCACAGCUCACACAGCACCAGUGACCCUCACACACCCCAGCAGCAGCUUUCCCCACACCAACACAUUUUGAUGCCCAGUGAUAUAAACACAGUUCCUAAACCACUUUCCAUAACUCAGCUGUCGGUAGCAGCACAAACAGCAGAACCUGUGUUCUGACAGAGCCAGGAAUCAAGAGGCUUCUUGGCAAAGGGUUAGUAAAAAAGGGAAGAAAUUAAACAAAAAAAUCCAACAGAGAAAGAUAAUCAACAGGAAAGCCUGUGUGUGCAAAGCUCCAGGAAAUAUCAGCCAGUACCAGUGGUGACCCAGAGGCAGCAGCAAGAGCCACUUGAGCACACAGUGGGCUUGGGGCAGGACGGAAGGAAGCCAUGGUGAGACAAAAGAACCACAAGCAGAUAAAACAAAAGAAGAAGCACAUCACAAAUUCUGGACUAUAAACUAAUUUCUUCAGAAAUCCUUUUUUCCUCAACGUUUUGUCACAGAGGCCAAGCAUUGUCACUUUACCCAAGAGGGUCCUGAUGACAUCACAUCCCCCCCAAAGAGUGGCACAGCCUCCCAAGCCAAGUGACAAAGAUCAUCUCAGCUGUGCUGCACUGUCCCCAAGGACAGACACUCCAAGAGAAGAUGGCUGGGUCAUCUCAUGCUCUGAGUAGCAGCCCCAACAGCAACUGCAUCAAACUCAGCAGCACCUGGCUUCUGACAGACAAGGAAAAACAGAGCUUCUUUGCAGAGGUGUAAUUAAAAAAAAAACCAAACUCACACAGAAAAGCAAUUAACAAGAAAGUCCAGAAGAAAGAACUCAAUCAAACACCAGCCCACCCCCUUGCACUUGGCUGAAAUGAUUCUUUCUAUGCAUGCAAAGGGCCAGGAAGCAUCACCCAUCCCCAUGUGCAAGUGGUCACCUGGUGGCAGCAGCAAGAGCCCUCUCUGGUGAACCAUAAAAGGGUUUUGAAGAGCAUAAGACCCUGUGGUUAAAGAAGAGAACCACGAGUUUUAAAAACAAAGAAAAGGAAAAACACUCCCUAGUGCGAGGGGCAGUCUCAACAGGUUCCAGUUCCUAAACCAACUACCUUUCAUGAAAAGGCUUUUGCUGAGCAAUAGCAAAGAAGAACUGAACAACGUGCAAUGACAACAAUAGAGCAGUACCCAUCUGUGUGCCAGAAAUCUGUGCUUGGAGAUAGACAACACACAUGGAUCUACACCAGGAACACCUGUGUCACUGUGGGCUCUGCCAUGCACACGGGGCUGCAUGAAUGUGCUCAAGAGGAGGCAGGAUCCCCAGGAAAAGCAUUCUAGGGUCUGCACCAAAGCAUGGGGCUGUUCUGUCUCCUGCACAGAAGCUGUGGGAAGGGAACAGCAGGCUGUGGUGGCUGAUCCCACCUCAGCCAUGAGCAUCACUCUGGAUCUCUAGCAAAGUCAUCCAGAAAAAAUCUUCUAAGAAACGAUGAGGAUAAAGGGACCCAGAUUCGGAACUUGAACUGAAUUCAUCCUGGUGUUAGGGUCCUGAUGACAUCACAUCCUCCCAAAAGAGUGACACAGCCUCCCAAGCCAAGUGAGAAAAACCAUCUCAGUUGCCCUGCACCAGCCCUGAGCACAGACACGCCAGGAGAAGAUGGACACGGCUCCUGCCCUGCUCCUGCUGCUCACUCUGGGAUUCUGCUGCCCUGGGAUUUAUGGCCAGUCACUGCAGAUAAAGCUCAGGUAUCCCAAGGACAUCACCCAGCUCCGCGUGGGACAGAAGCUGGAGCUGGAGUGUCACACUGACAAGAGCCAUGGGGCAUCCUGGAUCCACCAGGACAGGAGUGGGACCCUUCACUUCAUUGUCUUCAUCAAUGCCUUGUCCCGGGCCACAUUUGGGGAGAAUCGGAGAACAUCACCACGCUUUGAGGCGAGCAAAGGCAGCACAAUCUAUCGGUUGGCAGUGAAAUCUUUCACACCACAGGACGAGGGGAGCUAUUUCUGCGUGAUGAAUUUCAACCAAAUGCUGCACUUCAGCUCUGGCCUGCGUGCCUUCCUUCCAGCCACCACCAUAGUGGCACCCAGCACACCAGGACCCACCAUCCAGUGUGACACCACUGAAAUGGACUCCGACCUGAAGACACCAGAUCCAGACAGCAGAGUGCACAAAGACCUGGAUUCCUUCUGUCUUGUCUUCCUCUGGCUCCCCUUGGCAGGCCUCUGUCUCCUGCUCCUCCAGCUCCUGGCCACCACCAUCGUGCUGCGUCAACUUAAGGUUGCAUCUCGCCCCCUCUAGGUGCACCCCUGGCCUGAAACCACAGCCCUGCCCCUGAGAAUGUGCUGGCUGCUUUGGGAGGCAUGGGAAAACCAGGACACAGGGCAGGAGAAGGAUCCCUGUUUCAGUCACUGCCUGGACAUCUUCCAACAAAUCAUCCUGACACUUCCUGAGUGCCUGUCCCAUCCCACUCCAAGUCUUUCCGAUGAUUUUGUACAGAGGAGGUGCAAUGAUCUGAUUGCAGCAUCAGGGGUUCUUUCCCAACAAAAGGCCAUGUGUUUUGCAUGGGAAGCAUUGCCUUGAAAAUAUUUUUCUCUAUUCAAUGUAAUCGAAUGUGACAUGUGACACACACCAAAAUUAAAUGUAUGAACAUUGAACAGAAAGCUGUUCAGAAAACUGAGCAAAAGCAUUCUUCUGCAUUGCAAUCCCUGUAAACUUUGUUAGUCUUCCAAAUUAAAUUGCUACGUCCUGACCCAGAGAUUAAUUAUUUAUUGUCUGUUCUACUGCUUGGGAGCCUACAGGGGACAGUCCUGCAGGGAGAAACAGGACAUGAGUAUUUAAAUUCAAAAAAGCAUUUCAGUAAGACAAACACAUGUACAACAAUGUCCUUGCUACUGCACGGAAUGCUAACAUAGGAUAAACAGAGAAAAAUAAAACCCCAAGCAAUAAAAAAUAUAUAUUUGGGCAUUAAUACCUGACAUUACUAAUAGCAAUGCUCCACCAUGCAGUGCUGCACCAAGACCCCAGUCCUGAAGCAAUAUUGAUCCAGGCAAGAUUGAUGCAGUGAAGAACUGGGAGUAGGAAAUCUUUGGGUUUGGGUUUUUUUGUCAUUUCGUCAGGUUUGCUUGUUGGUGCUUUUUCUGCAGUCUUGCAUUUGCACAGGAAAUCAACCUCUAAUAAAAAAUUACAAUGCUGACAGUGGUAAUUACCCCCUGAACACAGCUCCAAAUCCACUGCACAGUGAAAUCUUCUCAUUUUUGACCUCCAGUAGCACUGUAACAGAUAUCAUGAGUUAGCAUAAGCCUGUCAGGGAAGGGAGUUGAAAAGCAAAUCCAGCUCUCCACCUGUGGAUUUUCAGUGAGGUCCUACAUGUUUGUGGACUGUUGUCCAUCCCAAAAUACCCAGGGGGUAAAACUUGUCCUUCUGUCUCUUACACAAGAUUUUCUAUCACUGAGACCCUUAAAUUUUAGUAUGUUUUACAAAUACACCCAAUACACUGCACUGAACUGCUCUGACUCCACCUUGGCUGCAAAAGCAGCACAAUCCUCUCUGCAGCUGAGAGGAGCAGAACAGCUUGGGGUGAGCACCAAAACAAACCCUUUUGUAGUCACUGCCCCAAAUUCUCACUGAAUCCCCCAAAAAUGACCGACUUUACCACAGAAGCCUCCAGCAGAGGCAGUGACCCAGCACAGCUCUCCAAAGCAACACUGACUUUCCUUUGCCAGCUCUUCCUCCCACACAGUCCCUUGAUCAGUUCCAGCUCAGCUGCACCCAGCACUGCAGCCUGCAUUUAAAAGAGCCUGUAAAGUUUUCCACCAACAGGUAGAGCUGAGGAGCAAUAUUCACUAUAAUCCACUUACAAUCUGGAUUUUCUUUAGAAGACUUUGCACCCCUACUAAAAAGGUAUCUCAGUAGAAGGCAAAACCAAAACAUCUUUUGCACUAGAACGCUAAGAAGCAAUUGCAAAUAUCAGUGCAGCAGUGAGAAGGGAAAGUUCCAAGAGCAACUCCAGCCCUGCAUGCACACACCUCUAGCAAAUCAUGCAAGUUCAGGGCAAAGUGGCAGGUUUGUGGUUGAGUGGCAGUGUCUGGCAAGCAGCCUGGACUGCUGCUUGCACUAAUACAAAGAGGAGGACAGGCUGAGCUGGAGUGCAGAGGUGCAGCUC